AUGGUGGCUGUGUCCAGGCUCUGUUCCCAGCUCUGGCAUCGUGAUCUGAUGGGCCGAUGGAGCACAGGAACAAUGACCAGGCGGAGAUGGCAGCACCACUCAGCCAUCACGGUGACCAACGAGCCCAUCCUUGAGUUUAAGCAAGGGAGUCCCGAGCGAGCAGCGCUUCAGAAGGCACUUGCUGACCUGAAGGGCAAGACAGAAGCCAUCCCAUGUGUGAUCGGGGGAGAAGAGGUGUGGACACCAACAGUGCGGUACCAGCUGUCGCCAUUUAACCAUGCACACAAGGUGGCCAAGUUCUGCUAUGCCAGCAAGGAGCUCAUUAACAAAGCUAUUAAUGCUGCCUUGGCAGCGAGGAAGGAGUGGGACCUAAAACCCGUCCAGGACCGAGCGCAGAUCUUCCUGAAGGCAGCUGACAUGCUGAGCGGCCCCAGGCGAGCAGAAGUGCUGGCCAAAACCAUGAUCGGGCAGGGUAAGACAGUGAUCCAGGCGGAAAUCGAUGCUGCCGCCGAGCUGAUCGACUUCUUCCGAUUCAAUGCCAAGUACGCCCUGGAGCUGGAGAAGAGCCAACCCAUCAGCGUGGACAUCAGCACCAACAGCAUGGUCUACCGGGGGCUGGAGGCUUUCGUGGCAGCCGUCUCUCCCUUCAACUUCACAGCCAUCGGAGGGAACCUGGCAGGGGCUCCAGCGCUGAUGGUGAGUGUCGUGCUGGG